AACGUCAUUCGAGUGUGUAUCUUUAGGUUCCUUCUGUUUUGAAACCCAAGCAAGCUUCGGGAAUUUGUUCUUGUGCAUUGAAUAAGCUUAAAUAGUGUUUCUGGUGAUAAACUCGAUAAACCAACAAGAUGGAAAAAAGAAUCGCUCUAGAACUACGCGGAAGGAACCCGUCGCAGAUCAAAGAAUUAAACUUGGACAACUGUAGAAGUACAACAAUAGUGGGCCUCACAGAUGAAUAUAUAAAUUUGGAGAUUCUCAGUCUUAACAAUGCUGGUCUCACAACUCUAAAGGGCUUCCCCACACUACCCAAACUGAGGAAACUUGAACUUUCUGACAACAGAAUAUCUCAUGGGCUAAACUUUUUAAAUGGUUGCAAAAAACUUACACAUCUUAACCUUUCUGGGAACAAAAUUGCAAACCUAGAAACAUUGAAACCUCUAGAGGAGUUUGAGAACUUAAAGAAUCUUGAUCUAUUUAACAAUGAGGUGACUAAUAUUGAAGACUACAGGAACAGAGUUUUUGCUUUGCAUCCAUCCCUGAAAUAUUUAGAUGGAUUUGACAAAGAAGACGGAGAGGCAGAGGAUAGCAGUGGAGAGGAAGAAGAUGAAAUGAAUGGCAACAACGACAGUGAAGAAGAAGAUCUUGGCAUUGACUUGGGUCCACUCAUUAUAGAUGAUGAUUAUUCAGAGAGAACGCCAGAAAUGACGUCAUCUUUCCUUGUCUCGCUAUACACAGUUUAUGGUCUUCUGUUCCAUAUGGGCAGUCUUUUAAAAAAUUCAGAUGUUGAUGAUGAAGAAGACGAUGAUCUGUCACUAAGUGCUGUCUACAAUACUAAAUUAGAGGAAGAGAGCUCAGAGGGCUCACUGUAUGAAGGCAGUGCAGAGGAAGAGGAGGAGGAAGAAGAAGAUGAUGAAGAUGGGGAUGGAGAUAAUGAUGCAGACAAACCAAACUCUAAAGCACAAGCCGGAAAGGAGAACUCUCACGGUGAGCCCGAGGAAAGCACCCGGGGCAAAAAACGAAAACACGAAGACGAGGACGAGAAUUGAUCGUGGUUGCCUUACGCGGAGUCAUCUUACUAGUUCGUAAGUGUACAGAGCUCCGAGACAUCGGACAAUAAACCUUGACGCUAACCGACCGCGGACGAUAAGAUUGCCCUUAUGUAUUUCCCCUUACCUUCAUCCCACAAAGUACAAGAAAUUUUGUAAUAUCCUUCAUUAUGUUUAAUUUAUGGCACUAUUAUAUAAAGUUUACGAUAAAAUUAUGUUAUUAGUUUUAUUUUUCGAAUGCACAAAUGCGCCCAUAUUUAAUGCGUUCAGGUGCUUUUGAACGCUGUUUUGUUAUAAAUCGUUGCCAUGUAAUUUGUAGAAAUAUCAGAUUUUUUGGCAAGUUUUGUUUGCACAAAUAACUGACCGCUUUCACAUAAUUUACUAUAUGUUAAUGCACACACAUGACAUUCAUUUUGCUAGAAUACAUAUUUUAUUCGUCUUGUUAUAGAAAAGGUAACACAAAACAAAUAACUGCUUAUUCAAAGCCCUGAACCUAUUAUCUCCUUUACAAGAAUGCAUUAAACUGGCAUGUACAUAUAAUCUAAAGUGUCUCAAAUAUUACAGCAACUAAACCAACUGGGAUUUUAUUUAUGCUACCGAGGCAGAAAAAAAUUGAUUGACUUUGGUCUAUUUGAACUGUAUGUAUCAUGUUACUGUAGGUAUGUUGGAAUAUCAGCAAUGAGAUAUAAGGGACACUUGUAUUGUUAAAUACAAGUUUUCGAUCGUGUUAUUAUUUCGUGUUCGGGUUAGAAAGUGAGCCGGGUACAGUGUUGUCAUUUGUGACAUAGAUCAUUCCAAGGCGCUCACAUUGUCUUGUUACCGAAGUUGUGCCAGUUAGUGGGAAUAUUUUAUCACCAAUUUAGGGCUGUUGUACCUUUUAGUGUUUGUUGUCCGACAAGUUAAUGUUCCAAUUUGUUUAUUGUAUUUUUUUAUUCUUGACAUGCUUAAUUUUAGAAUAAUGAAUGGAUGUGCAUUUUAGGAUGAUAUUCAAACUACCAUAUAAUGUUAUGAUAAUUAAUUAUUAAGUGAAGAGAUACUUGAGUAUAUAAAUGCGAGACUUUAGUGCCCUCGUUCCUUUUGUGACUAAAUUCCGCAAAUUCCGGGGGUUUUCCGCCUGACUGUCCUUAAAUAAUUUUGAAAAAAUAUUUAUUUCUUUAUUAAUAAUAUAUCGACUCUUUCUAUUAUAAAAAGGAGAUAUAAAGAAAAUGUGUUUAUUUAUAAUACAAAAAAAAAUCUCUCAUAAAUUCAUAAUAAAAAAAUAUUUGUCAAUUAAAUAGAUUCAUUGGCAAAAGUAAAGAAAUAAGUUUUUUUACCUUUGUAAUAUUAAUAGAUUUAUUGUACAAAUAUAAAGGCGAAAUACUUGAAUUCUAAACCUGUAUAUUGGAUAAAGAAAAAACCAUGUGAACAAAAUGGGUUUUUUCAGUAAUCUCACUAAUGAUAACAGAUGCUCAUCAGUUAAAUAUAGAAAUUCAAACGGGCGUAGUAAAUAAAUCAAAUAUUUAGACCAAAUUGUCGAUCAUCUGAUGAGUUCAGAGAAUAUUUUUCUACACUAUUUUUUAAAUAUUAAAGAGCAAUUUUAUGCACUUAAGUAUUAAUAUCAAUGAUAAUUUAUGAAAUGUUUGGUUGAUGCGUCAUCGUGCCAGAUGUGUUGAAGAGAAUUUUAGUUAAUAACUUUAUUGUAUUAUGUAAGUCAUUAAGUUUAAGUAAUUUACAACUUGGCCUGUUGAUAUAUAUUAUAUAAUCCUAUUAAGACUUUAUUUCUGGGAUUGUAAAAUAAAAGGUGAAAACAA